AUGGCUGGAGGUAGGAUGAGUCUAGACUCACUUGGUUGGAAGACCAACAAGCGCCGUGGAGAUUGCUGUUGCAGAGAGAACAUGAUAGCACUAAGGAACAUCAUAAUUGAGAUGAAGCCAGAAUAUUCUGCAAAUCUCUACAACAACCAACCACCAAAAAGCUGCCAUGUGAACGACAUGGAUAACCGGUGCCCAAAGUGCUAUCACUACAAGCAGGCUCGUAAGUUCAUCCUCUAUAUCCAUUACUUAACACUCUGCUUUCUUUUCAUUGUGUGA